CAGCCAAGCUCGGCACUAUAUAUAUGGUUGGAUCCCGAUACACAAACUCCAUAAACUAUUAAACUGAACGUCAUGGCAUUAAAUCUCCUACUUCUCGGUUUACUCAUAAACAUCUUCGUUUUCACUGCAGAUGCACAAUCAGUAGGUGUAUGCUAUGGAACAAUAGCUAACAAUUUGCCUUCGCCACGACAAGUUGUAAGCCUUUACAUAAGGAACCGCAUAACCAGGAUGCGAAUCUAUGCUCCGAGAUCAGACAUUCUUGAAGCCCUCAGGGGAACCAAUAUCGAACUCAUUCUUGAUGUUCCUAACGUUAGUCUUGAGAACCUAACAAACCCAAAUCUUGCAACUGAUUGGGUUAGAAACAACAUCGUAAAUUACCCUGAUGUUAGUUUCCGAUACAUCUCUGUCGGAAACGAAGUUGAUCCAAAUAAUGAUGUAACUCGUCAGUUUGUCCGUUUCGUGCUUCCAGCAAUGAUAAAUGUCCAAAAUGCCCUUGAAGCCGCAGGCAGAGCUAACCAAAUCAAGGUCUCAACCGCAACCUACACGGGCCUAUUAAAAGAUUCAUAUCCACCGAGUAUUGGUGUAUUUCAUGUCAAUGUGGCGGAUUUUAUCCGACCAAUAAUCACAUUUCUAGUCAAAAAUGGUUCACCAAUGCUUGCUAAUAUCUACCCUUACUUUGCUCAUAUUGGUCCCCCUGCGUCGCCAGAUCUCCCAUUUGCAUUAUUUACCAGAACCACACCCGCUUAUAAGGAUGGUGAUCGACCGUACUUUAACCUUUUUGAUGCCAUGUAUGAUGCUCAUUAUGCAGCCCAAUCGCGUCUUGGUGGAGCCGAUGUUAAGAUUGUUGUGUCGGAGAGUGGAUGGCCAUCUGCCGGACACAAUUCUGCGACACCUGGAAACGCUGGAACAUACUAUAGAAACUUGAUUUCACAUGUGAAAAGUUCAAGGGGGACUCCUGUAAGGCCUGGAAAACCCAUAGAGACAUAUUUGUUUGCAAUGUUUGAUGAAAACGAUAAAACAGGAGAACCGACAGAAAAGAAUUUCGGGGUUUUCACUCCUGGUCAAGUAUCCAAGUAUCAACUAAGCUUCUAGUUACAAAAACAUGUAAUGUUUGCUUUCAAUGAUAAAUAAGACAAUGGAAUAAGACUUUUACUUUAUUAGAGAGAAAAAAAAAAGGGAGAAACUUGUGUUUACCAAUUAUGUCAACUCGUACCUCAUAUCAUAAUACUAGAAUGAAACGAAUGUGUGGUUUAAUUUCA